AUGCCUGAAUCUCCACAUAAACAGAAGUGUCCGAUUUGCGAGAAGACCUUCAAGAGCUUGGUGAAGCAUACCCCGGCCUGUCGUCGCAAACUGGAAGGACGGUUGCAGGAGGAGCAGCUGGAGCGGGAACUGAGGAAAGCAGAUGAGGCUAGGCGGCAGAAGCAAGGCGGUACCCCUGCCAAAGUCAGGACCCUGAAGCCCUGGGAGGACCGUCCAAUUGGAAAGCAACGUCGUAGUAACCGCAAAGAGGCGCCUGAGCUACCGCAAGAGGGCGGCCCUGCUACCCUAGAACAGGUUCUCUCAGAGCCUUUGCCCGAGUUUCUCGGUGCAGUUGAUGCUGAGGAUAAUCACCCACAGCAUCCGUCUGUUCAAGCUCCUCCCUCACCCCAUAUCCCCGUGUCAGAGCCAUCCCGCCCUGCGCAACAUGACGAUAUCCGGACAGAAUACCAUCCUCACUCCGAAAGGCCAGCUCGUCACGACGCGUUUGAGAAUUAUCGACGACAGCAUCGCUCGAAGACCAAUCCUCCCUCGAGCAAACAUCCCCCUCAUUACCCUUUCGCUACCGAAGCUGAUUUUGAGUUCGGCGAGCUGGCUCUCCGGUGCUGUCUAAACCAGAAGCAGAUCAGCGCUUUCUUAUCACUCUUCCACCGUUGCAUGAAGGGGGAUGAUAAACUUACGAUAGAGACCUACGACGAUCUUUCACGGUGCUGGAGGGAAGCUUCCCAACUGCUGACACCGAUUAAAUGUGAUACCAUCCCCGCUACGUACAAGAAUGAAAAACAGGAGUUCAAACUAUACAGCAGGUCGCUGUGGGACUGGGCACUCGAUCUGGUCAAAAAUGAGGAGCUGGCACCAUUCUUUGAGUGGGAUGCUCAACGCUUAUUCAAAUACGACGAAAAGCGCGCGCGUUGGAUCCGAUUCAUUAAUGAGCCUUGGACAGCCGACAGUUUCUACGAUGUUCAGUCGAGCCUCCCGGCAGAAGGGAAACCACUCGCAUUUCUCCUUUAUGCGGACAAGACGGAGCUAUCGUCUUUCGGAGGAGAGAAGGGCUACCCAGUGUAUGCAAGGCUUGCUAACCUGCCUAUUGACAUCCGUAAUGGCUCAGAGUCUGUUCUUGGGGGUGGUCGAGUUGUUGGUUGGUUGCCGGUCCCUAAGGAAACGAGCAAGAAAAAGGCAUCGAAGAAGGACUAUGCAGAUUGGAAGCGCGUCGUUUGGCAUGAUAGCUUCAAGAAGCUUCUUGAUACCAUCCGUGACCACGCAAAAAAUGGUUGCUGGGUGCGAUGUGGGGAUGGUAUCGAAAGAUUUCUCUUUCCAGCCAUCAUCAUACUGUCUGCGGACUACGAGGAGCAAUGCACCAUGGCGAACAUUCGAGGGGCAGGCAGCUUGAGUCCAUGCCCCAUCUGCCUCGUCAAGGCUGAUGAAAUGCUGGAACUUACCAAGAGCAACACUGAGCGCGACGUCGCACAGACUGAAUCCAUGGUCUCGGAGGCAUUGACUAAAGGAGUGACAGAGCAGGAUAAGUUCCUGAAACCAGACGGAUUGCGUCCAGUAAAGAACGCAUUUUCGAAUGUAGCAAACUCGAACCCAUUCCGAGCUCUUUCCUUCGAUCGACUACAUAGCUAUGCUAAUGGCCUGGGUGCUAAGCACCUGUGGGUGACGUUGUUGAAGCACAUCGAGGAUAAUUAUGGCAUGGAGAAAUUACAGGAGCUCGAGGACCGAGCAAGGAGUUUCCCGUCCUGGCAAGGCCUUAACCGCUUCAACAAAGUCUUGAGCACCAAAUACCAAGAUGGUAAUAAGAACGAAGAUUUGAUGAAGGCGACACUGUUUAUCGCCUUCAACAUUUUUCCGCCCCAAGAUAAAGUGGGCCACGAGCUCCUGAAGUGCAUACGCCACUUCCUGAAUCUCGACAUACUCGCAUCGUUUACAAAUCAUACUGAAGAUACGAUCCAAGAAAUUUCGGAUGAGUUGGGCCGUUUUGAAAGAUACAUCUCUCUUACACCUGAGGCGUCAAAGAACUGGGCAUUCCCAAAGAUUCACGCGCAUACACAUCUUCCGCGGGAUAUUUACCUCAAGGGUGUGACGCGAAAUUACAAUACCAAGCCAAAUGAAGGCAUGCACCCAAUUCUAAAAGACUUUUACCGCUUUAUGACAAACUUCAAGAAUUUCGAAGGAAAGAUCCUCGAGCUUGAGCACUGGUGCUACACAGCCGCAUAUAUUCGCAGCAAGAUUGACAUGUAUCACGGCAGAAGCAACCUCAUUGACCCAGAUUCAGAUGCAGCUAGUGACAUUGAGGGCGAUGUUGCUCAAAAGGACUCUGAGAAUCUUAGUUUGGGCUCAGGAGAUGUGAUUCACGUCAUCGACGGCGGGGGCUUGAUGCAUCGGAAGAAAAAGGAAACCACGUCAAAUGUUUUCGGAAACAUCAGCCUGGGCUCACCGCAGAAGCCCGUUACACUCCAACUCUUCAUCUCUGAGAGACGCCAGGAUCCUCGAUUCAAAGGAUUCAGAUCGGCUUUGGGGACGUACAUCUCUGCAGCAAUUCAAAGUGGUGAAAUUCCAUCAACAUUUUCCUUGCAUGACACGACUUUGAUCCAUGAAUUCUGCUUCGUAAAAACGUUCUACGAAUGCAGGGUCACUUGGGAAUUGGAUGUGACCCUCCUUCGGUGCAACCCUGAUUACCAGCAUCAUGCACGAUAUGAUCCCAUUUUGCUCGAUGGCGAAGACAUCACCCGAUGUUUUGCUCGCCUCGUUUCAACCUUCACCAUUGACAUCCCCGAUCUCAACCGCACACUCCCACUUGCUUUUGUCGAGUUAUACGAUGGCCCAGUAACCGAAGCACAGCGGAGGAAAGACAGAGAACUUGGGUUACUCAGAGUGUGCAGAAAGCCAAGAACCAGUGGCCAUUUCGUGAUCAUCUCGACCAAUUUAAUUACACGCGGUGUUCUUCUCGUGCCAGCAUUCGGAGAAAGGGAAGAGAAUUACCUCGUUUUUGACGUCUCCGAUGGAGAUAUGUUCCUUAGAGUUAAGGAUUUCAUCGCCAGUGCUGCGCUUACAGACGACGAUUCCUCCAGCUCCCGCAAUCCCGACACAGUUGAAAUCACCUUUGCUCUUCCAACGGUGACAGACUUUACAUCACGCGAAGAAUUUAUGCAGAUUGUCAAGUCUGCUCAACUGGCUCUCGGCGACGCCUCCAAGGAAAUACGUGAACUCAAGGUCCAGAACAUCAAGCUCGAGCACGAGAUUAAGGUACUCAAAUCCCGGAAGUCAGGGAAAAAUGCCACUACCAAAGCCAAGACGACCGAAGAUGAUGACAUUGGACGUUGGGCUCGCCACGUCCUGUAUAUGGACGAGUUCAUUGUCAACCCUGCUGCUUUUCUCAAGCCUGACCCCAACAUCGACCCAUCUGACCCCAACCGCUAUCAUUCGGCUUCUGCAAAAAUCCGUGGUCAAACUGCUGAACUCUACGACCGAAUUCCUGAUGAAUUACAUAUCAAGAUUGAGCGUUCAUCCCAUUUCCGUGAUACAUUUAUUGACGUGAUGAACGUCCAUCGCCGAACCAUCUGGUCAAAUUUCCGAAAGGUGGCCCCUCAUAUCUUUGCCUUCCUCAGCCCUCCUCCCGGAAUCUACAAUGCUUCGAAGCGAGGAAAAGAUCGUGCUGAUACUUUCGCCCUCUUCAUUUCCUUCCCCGACACAGCCAAAUCAUCUUUCUACCGCCCGUGUAUGUUCGAGAACCAAACGAAAGACUUCUCAGUCAUUUUCAGGUGUAUUUGGCUCGUCGAGUUCAUCCGCUGCCUCCUUUUCGGCCCAACGUCUCUCUCUGGGCCAGAUGGAGAGGUACAGUCCCUAGCAAGCAACAGCAAUGGGAAAAUUUGGAGGAUCGAGCGGGUAACACCUGGCGUUAUCGCUCUCGCUGUAGUGGCGACUGUCUUUAUUCAUUCGUCCGACGAGUCCUGGGACACUGUUGGCCCCCAAUCCGGCAUCAAAUACGAGGAGCUUUACAAUUUCUGCAAGCGGUUUAUUUCUCGAGGCAUUGAGGAAACCCCAGAGCUCCCAACAAAUGCUCGACCUCUCUCGACUGGUACAACGAGCUGGUUUUCGCCGACGGGACCCUCCAGUAUCGGUCCAGCGCCUUCCCCAUCCGUCCCAGUCAACACUGAGCCAAUCACUGCCCAGAAUACGAUUGCGCUUCCAGCAGUAAAUCUUGAUGGACCUGCAUCCGAUGUCGAGGUUGGUAGCGCUACUGCAUCACUCCAGGGACCGGCACCAGUCGAGCAAGCUCCAGCGAAGGGUGGAAAAGGUGUUCGACCUGCGCCGACUCGAACGUUGCGAAAGAGGGUGGUGGGUUCCUAA